UUGAGAUCUUUUACUCUUAAUAACUGGGUCGUUUCUUUCGUUCCUCAAAGGAAGCGGGGUGCGGGAGGAGAACCCAAAUAAUUCUCACCGAAAAAAAUCAUUGAGGGAAGAAUUAAGACUUCCAGAGAGGUGCAGAAAACAGGUUGGGAAAGAAGAGAUCUUGAAGUUGCGUCCUGAAAAGGUGCUCAUCCAGCCCUUCUCCGGAUCCCAAGCCCUGAUCCAAUUGUCCACGGAGCAGCCGCGACACCAUGACCGAAAUAACAGAAAAAGAAAACGACCCCCAACACAAUGCUGGUUCACAGCAGACUCCGGGCACCGUUCCCAGCCUCCAGGAAACGAAGCUACAACGUUUCAAGCGCUCUCUCUCGCUCAAAACCAUCUUGCGAAGCAAGAGUGUCGAGAACUUUUUCCUGCGCUCCAACAGUGAGUUUAAGCUUCCCUCUGAUGUGCUGCUCAGCCCCCCAGAUCCUGCCCCACCCGCAUCUCCGCCGCCAGCUCCCACUGAAGCAGAGCACUCUCCCAGAGCAACCCACAGGCCUCUGGCACCUCUCAAGCCCAUAAAAACGCACUGCUUCCAGGAACACAUCUUCAAGAAACACAACCCUUGUGAAAUCUGCCAUCAGCUUAUCGUAGGAAACUCAAAGCAAGGCCUGCGCUGCAAGACAUGCAAAGCGAGCGUGCAUUUAUGGUGUUCAGAAGAGGUUUCUCACCAGCAGUGUCCAGGCAAGAUGCAGGCAACCUCUUUCCGGCGCAAUCUCAGCUCCCCAAUGCUGAUGCACGAGCCUCAACAACAGCCAGCAACCAUCAAGGAGUCUCCCCCUGCAGCAGGUCCCAGUGGAAAGGUGGAUCCCAUUUAUGAGACCUUGCGCUAUGGCACUUCACUGGCCUACAUGAAUCGGUCCAGUUUCAGCAGCACCUCAGAGUCCCCCACCAGGAGCCUGAACGAGAAGGAAGAAGUGGCUGAGGACACAGAAGGUGGUGGACAGACAAUAGAGGAAAACCAGGCUGACAACGUUUUCUCAGCACCAGCAGAGGGUGAAGGUACCACCUUGGAGGAAAAGAGUCCAGGACAGCAGUCAACUCGAGGUUCUGCACGGAAGGAGGUCUCACCCAUGUACUCCUAUGUAGCUCUCUACAAGUUUCUGCCUCAGGAGAACAACGAUCUACCCCUGAAGCCUGGAGAUCGAAUCAUGCUAGUGGAUGAUUCCAAUGAGGACUGGUGGAAGGGGAAGAUGGGUGACCGCAUGGGCUUCUUUCCAGCUAAUUUUGUGCAGCGGGUCCGUCCAGGUGAAACAGUUUGGAGAUGCUGCAAGACUUUCUAUGGCAAUAAGGAACAGGGGCAACUAAGCCUUAAGGAAAAUCAGAUCUGUGUUGGUGUGGGGAAAACCAAGGAGAAUGAGGGUUUCAUCAGGGUGACAAGCGGCAAAAAACGAGGGCUGGUGCCUGCUGAUGCACUAACAGAAAUCUGAAGUCAGAAUGAGCACACAAGAUGGAAGAGUUAACAGAGAAGUCAACAGCAAGGCAACGGCAGCCCUGCCUUACUUCAGCCCAUCCCAACCCUGAGCACCUGGCUAAUCACUAUUUUGUGGAAUCUUCUAGAUGGAUUGAGGAUGGCUUUGGUUUUGUAGGAGGGAAGAAGACUGGCAGCGGGGGACUGGCUUAAGCACUAUUUCUGGGUGCUCUUUCUUGUGCCCAGUUGGGACUGGUUAUCCACUCAAGCCUGGUUUUGUUUUCCAUCACCCCCUCUGCGGCUUGGGCACAAUUUUUGAAAGGUCAUUGCAGACAGCUCUAUGGGCGUAGAGUGUCAGGGAGAUUUCCACCGCUGUAAUUCACCCCCUUUCCCCUUGUCUUUGGGUCACACUUCCAUGGCAACAGACGAUGGUUGAUACCAACUAGCCUUUCCCUACAGGGCUCUUUAUAUCUUGGCAGAACAUGCCUUCCCCUGCCAACCUGACAUGCCCCCCACUCUCCAUUCCAAAGCUCCCUGAUAAUUCUGUGUCGCAUGCGCACCACACAUCCAAAGGCCUUCUCUGGCCAAGGAGGGCACAUCGGUGUGUUGUGUCCGUCUAUCCGUGUGCUAGUUUUAAACCAUCAGGGCUCCCUCUAUAUUUUUGUGUAUAUGUGUGAGUAGGCGGCUGUUGCCCAGGAUUGGUACAGCCCCCUGUCGAAGAGAAAAAAGAGGCAGGACAAUUCCAUGUGGCCUCUCCUUUGUCGUGUACUAAAGAGUCUCCCCAUGGAGCUGGAUCCACAAUCUGCUCCUGGAAACCAAUCCUUUUGUGUAUUUGGGGGGAGGGGGGUCAUUGAUGUGAGAUGCUUCCUCCAUUCCUGACUGCUGGGCUAUUCCUUGACUUCCAUUUGCCCUUCCAGCAUGUGGUGGUCGACCUACCGCAGGGCUGACAGCAGUGUGGACCAUUUUCUCAGGGACCUUCCUCAGCUGGAUGCAUUUUUGAACUGCACUGAGAAUGUCGCUUUAUUGCUCAUGGGAGGAGUUCAGAGACCCUGAUCAUCCCACUUUCCCUCACUUUUCCAGCAUGCUUCCAGCUGCUUGUCCUUUGUAAAUGUACUUUUGUUUAAAAAAAAAGGAAAGAAAGAAAGAAAAAAUUUCAGUCCCAUUCCUUGAAGAGAGUUAUUUUACAGCCUUGUUGCCUGGCAUCAGCAUUUUGACUACGCUGGUUUUUUCCUCACUGGAUCAAGUGGUUGAGAAGGGGACACGUUUGCCAAAUCACAUGUUUCUGAGGCUCUGUUUAUACAGGCCAUGGGUAAAGCAUUUGCCUGUGUACCCAUGCCAUGCGUGCCCUGCCACAUUAAAAGACACUGACCUUGAGUGCUGGCGAGCCAUUCACACUUGGCAUAUACACAAUGGCACAUAACUCAGUGAUCCCUGGUCUGCUAACACUGCAUGCAAAUGACCCAGUGUGCAUGGUAAAGGGCAUUUAGAUACAAUGGGCAUUUAUAAUUACAUGGAACAUGUACAUGAGUCAGGGCUUUCCCUGUGGCCCACAUCAUGUAUAAAUUGGGCCUGACAGUCCCCCCCUACUCUUUUAAAAUGGCCUCAACCUGACAGUAGCUUAGCAAUAGGUAUUUCUUUGCUUCCAGGAAACCAAAACAUGGAUAAACACCACACCCCAUUCUGUGAUUUAUCUGUUCCAUUAGUCUAGUCUAUUGCAUCCUCAGUCUUCCCCAUUUCAAAAGUUAUUCCAGUCCACAGAGUGGGGAUUUUUUUGCUGCGGUUAUGUGCCGUGGAAACCAGGAUGUGGUUAUUAGUAGUUCUGUAGCUGUUUUAGAAUGCAAAACUCUUUGAAAUUGUCAUACCAAUUUGCAAAAAAUAAGCCAGCAGAGCGUAAGCUACCCGAGGACAUAUGCUGAAUCUAUAGCAAAAGUGGUGUGUCAGCCUGAAUCUCCCAGGCUCACAAUCCAAUAUGCUAACCAGUAGGAUAUUACGGGCACCAUUUUAAAAAAAGGCUUGGGCCCCUCUCAGAUGGUCUAACAUUUGUGUUGUUACAUGCUUCUAGCUUGGUCCUCUAGCAGGAAUAGCCAUUUCCCCCCUGAGUAUGUUUUCACUGCUACAUAUACUGAGGCAUUGCCCUCUUCAGAAGUGCAAGAAGAUUUUUCAGACAUAUGUUCCAAGCCAGAGCUCUUUGUGCUCUGUGUUAAAGGCUUUCCCUCCUUCCUUUCAUGCAUGUUUUGAGUAGCAGUGGGUUUGCACAGAGAACCUGUCUACCCGCAUUUGAAUUUCUGGAGCAUAUCCUCUUCAAAGAACUACAGAGGAAAGAAGCUACUACUACAGCUUUGAUCCAUGUGUGCAUGCUCAUUGCUGGAUUUCUGCAACACCAAGUGAUGCCUUGCAAAUGUGAAUUGGCCACCACUGAUCAAAGUCUGCAGGCACAUGUCAGUAUUGCCUCAACUGCAGUGCUUUUCAGUGGAGUCAGUUCAAUCUCCAGUAACCUAGUGAAAUCAAAUGAUGAUGUCUGAACCAGCUCCUAGUUUUGACAGAUUUAUACACUGUGCUAUGAUUGCCUGCAAGGUUAGAAAGAGAGAACAUGGGGCAAGAACCUUUUUCACAUUUUGGUGGCAUCUACUAUAGAGCAGGAGGAGCAUGGCAAAAUGUGAGAGAUAAUUCCAAGGCUCUAAAUCACAAUGGGGAAUUUUGGGUGCAUUGGUUCACUUACGGAAGUGAUCCCUUAAGUACAGGAAGGUGGCAUCAGUCUUAUUUUCCUUGUAACUUAUCGGGCAGAGCCAUGAAUACACUGCCUCUGCUGAUAUAUUGAGAAUAGCUCACAUAAUCCAGAGAACAAAGCUGAUCAUGUUUCAGCAGGCUUCUCUUGCUUUUUUAGAAGGGUGAACCACACCAUCAAGUUUCCAGAGUAGAAUGGGAAAAGGCUGGAAUAGAUCAAAACCAAAUUAUUUUAAAAAGUAAAGUGAUCUGGGAUGUGAUGAGGAUUUUUUGGGAGGGGGGUUGAAUGUAUUUGUUUGCACACACAAAAAUGUUGUUCUCCUUGUGCUCGAUAGGGAGUAGUAUACAAACACUGUUUGCUAUUACAUGGAUUGUAUCCACUGCCCCCUGCCCCCACUACUAGCUUGAGGCUGUCUCAAGGCUGAUUAAGCACACACUGAUUCCUGGGCAUUCAACCACAGUCUUGGUGGACAGACAUGUUCUCAAGAUGUACAGCAUAUACUCCCCAGAAAUAUUCACUCCAUCUGAGGGAAUAUAUUAAUGGUUUGCAGGUGGCACUGUUGAGAUCUUUAGCUAGCUUGCCAAGGCCAAAAUACCCCAAACUUAAGUCUCACAAACAGUGGGCUGGUUCU